AUGGAGAGCAAGCACCACAGCCGGCUUGCAACCAUCGGUGGCCAAGGCCACAAGCAAUUCAUUCCCUUCGGACCCACCCUUCUCGAGUUCAUGCGUUCACGCCGGGGCGACGAGCGAUAUGUGCGCGUCUUUCACAUGAUGACAUGGGUAAAAAAGAACCAUCAUGCGUGGCCGGUGGAGUACCUGUCGACCAAGAAGAACGAGAGUGUCGGGCUCCAGUCCUUCCGGUGCUUGCUCCUUCUCUUCGCAGAACGCCAUCGCUAUUACUACCGAAUGCCAUGUGCCAGCAAGCGGAUGCAGAAAGUUCUCGAUGACACCGCCGUGUGCUUUGACAUGCCCCGUGGCAAGACGCUGGCCGAGGUGGGCACAUCGAGCAAGUACACCUUUGCGCGAGGCACUCGAACCAAGUUGCCUCUGUUGUUCAUCGUCAAGAGCCAACCAGAUGGCACCAUCGAGAAGCAGGAGCUGAGUCAUACCCGGCUGGCCAUCACUACGCAGUCCAGAAGAAUGCGUGGAUGA